AUGCCAAGUGCAAAGUGUGGACAGUCUUAUUUACUUGCUUGUCUACUCGUGCAUCUUGAGCUCGUGUCUGAUUUGAGUACCAACAACUUUCUAAAUACCUUUCGUAGAUUCAUUUCUCGUCGAGGCAUACCGAAAAUAGUUUAUUCUGAUCAAGCAACUACGUUUCAGUAUGCAUCUAAAGUUCUCACUGAGGGUGGCUUUUAUGAACGCAUAAUAGGUAUGGCAAAAAAUUGCUUUAGGCGAUGUAUUUGUAGGCGCAUUUUGGUUUUGAAAUCAUUUGCAGUUCUAUUCUACGAAGUAGAAGCUGUUCUGAAUAGCCGUCCGUUGGUAGUGAUGGCAGUGAUUUCCUCUACAUUUCAAAUCACCUCUUACAACUGA